AUGGGCUUAGAGAAUGAGGCGAGCAUUUUGGGUGCUGUCAAUUGGAUAUGCUUUUUAGGAGUGAUUCCAGUGCUCUUUUAUCUGAUUUGGAAAUGGACACUGACAACCGAUAUUUCCCAUAUAAAAGGCUUGCCAGAAAUUCCUGGAGCGGUUCCAGUAUUUGGUCAUCUUCUGAAGCUUGGUGAUGAUCAUGCGAGCGUUUGUGAGCGCUGGUGGAGGGAGUAUGGCCACUCGGUCUUUCAGAUUAAGCUUGGCAAUACCCGGGCUGUCGUGGUCAACUCGUUUGAUGACUGUCGAAAGAUGCUUCUCGGUCAUCAAAAUGCUAUUAUUGACCGACCGAAGCUAUACACCUUCCAUGGAGUGGUCAGCAGCACUCAAGGAUUUACGAUCGGCUCCUCGCCAUGGGACGAUUCCUGCAAGAAGAAGCGAAAGGCUGCUGGUACGGCUUUGGGAAGACCUGCGUUACGCAAUUAUCACCCAAUGUUUGAUUUGGAGAGCUACUGUAUUGUCCGUGAUAUACAUCGUGAUAGUCAAAAUGGGGCUCUUGAGCUUAAUGUCCGACCCUAUAUCCAACGAUUUGCCCUCAAUACAACAUUGACCCUUUGCUACGGUAUCCGUAUGGAUGCUGUCUACGAUGACCUGCUACGGGAGAUUCUCCACGUUGGAUCUGCAAUUUCGCUUCUUCGAAGUGCAUCUGAGAAUUUGCAAGACUAUAUUCCCGCCCUCCGCUACCUUCCAAAUAAUCAGAAGAAUGCUCGGUCUAAGGAACUUCGUGAUCGCCGAGACGCUUAUCUUAAUCUGCUCCUAGACAAAGUCCGAGCUAUGAUCAAUAAAGGUACCGAUAAACCUUGUAUUUCGGCCGCUAUCUUGAAAGACGAAGAGACAAAACUCACCGGGGUAGAAGUCUCUUCCAUUUGCUUGUCCCUGGUUUCUGGUGGGUUUGAGACCAUACCAGGGACACUGACUUCGUGCAUUGGCUCUCUCUCAACUCCUGAAGGACAGAUAUGGCAGGAUCGUGCUUACGAGGACAUUAAAAGAUACUAUCCUGAUAAUCGUGAAGCUUGGACCAGCUGUAUCUCCGAAGAAAAAGUGCCAUAUCUGAAUGCCAUUAUCAAGGAGGCUGGAAGAUACUACACAGUCAGUGCCAUGAGUCUACCAAGGAAAACGGUAACCGAGGUGAACUGGAAUGGAGCAAUUAUCCCACCCAAGACUAUGAUCUUGAUCAACGCUCAGGCCGGCAACCAUGACACUGACCAUUUUGGUCCGACUGGGGGGAAAUUUGACCCAGAAAGGUGGCUUAAGUCGAUUGAUCCUCCAGUCGAGGUCGAGGGAAGCGGCCUUCCACACUUGAGUUUUGGAUCUGGCUCUCGUGCGUGCUCCGGGCAAUUUAUCGCUUCAAGAUUGCUCUACUGCGCUCUUCUUCGGUUGAUUUCUUCAUACAAGAUUGUUGCGAGCGACGAGAGCCCACCGAAUACGGACUAUGUUGAGUACAAUCAAUUCAAGACCGCUCUCGUGGCCAUCCCAAAGGAUUUCAAAGUUAAGCUGAUUCCCAGAGAUGAAGCCAUAACUGGAGAAUGCUUGAGUUUGGCUAGCCUUCGGACCAAUGAGCAUUAUAAGGAGUGA